CCUCACUCCUCGCCAUGCACCAUCCAUAAAAAACGGUCUCGCUUAUUCACACACAGCGACCGUUGCACAUGUCCUCCCGCUCAGCCUCUUCGGCUCUAGGCACGGGCCUGAAGCGAUGUAGUGCCCAUGCGGCGCCCGCAGCACGAAACGGGCACAUUCAGGUUGCCUGUUCCUUUUCCACAACGGCCCAAUGUCAGAAGACCACUAAGCUGCGGUCCGAUAUGUACAGAUGGCUAGAUAUGAAAGGGCAGAAUUUCGAGGACUCACAACAUGGCUUUCCGAGGUAUCUCGGACAUCUGCCAAAUCAGCCUUUUCCUCUGAACCCGCUAUUUAGGAGUGAGCCUGUGCUAGACGAAAGCAUGAGAGAAGAGAUAUACAGGCGAGUGAAGGAAGAUAAGGUGUCACUCAAGGCUGUGUCAGCAGACCUCUCAGUAGAUAUCAGGAGAGUGGCCGCAGUGGUGCGGAUGAAGGCCCUUGAAAAACAAUGGGAGUCCGAGGGGAAAAAGCUGGCGAAGCCGUAUGCAAACGCGAUCCUCUGCCUGUUGCCCAAAACAUCAUAUACGCCGGGCCAGCAGUCCAUACACGAGCCUGUCAAUGAGAUCCACGUCCACAAGCUCACCACUCAGCAGCUCUUUGUGCCCGUCUCGGAGUCGCGCCAGUUCACCCGCGAGGAUGCCGCCAAGGCAUUUCAUCGCAAUCUUCUCUCGGCCGACGCCCGGUCGCCACACCCGGAGCUUAUCGAACUGCAGAAGCGGAAGCUCGCUGGCGUGCCAGACGAGGAAAACCAGGGCAAGUUCCAGGCCGAAACCAAGGCCGAGGAGGACGCCUUGGUCGAGAAGCUCGAACGACGAGCGGCCCAGGAGGAGGAGCGCACCACUCGCGUCGACACGGACCGCUUUGAGUACCGCUUCAAAGAUAUUAAUAUGGAAGUCGUGGGCAAGAACGGACGCGGCCGUAAGGCCGUGGGCUGGCGGUAUGGUGUGCCGUUCAACGAUCGGAGGAAAGGUCAAAUCAAGAUCCCGACAUCAGUGCCAUGAACACGUGUACGUGUCCGGGAUAUCUCUCACAAACUUCUGGCUGCCUAUGAGCAGUCACUAUAUUGGCGGUGUAGCUCAGUUGCUGGGAACCUGAGCCUCCAGCCAUUGUAUAUACCAGGUGUAUUAUUAGCGUCUGGGUUGCUUACUUUGCUGUACUAUUACGGUGGACGAGCCAUUUAUUGCGUCGAGUUUAUCAAAGUCGUACACACACGGCAGCUCCCUUGUGGGCCAUGCUAUCACUGUAGCAAUAAGAGAAUUUAUUUUUACUGCCUCG